AUGAGACAGAUACCCUGGAGUUCUGCCGUGGGCCAGGCACCACCAGUUUUGCCAGCGGCGGGAAAAACUCCCCAGUUCUGCCAACAACAAUCUAUGCUGGUGGCAAAAGCUGUCUCCGCCGACUUAGAUGGGCACGCCAGUAUUGUGUGCACCACAACCCGGUCAUAUGAAAUCCGUAACCGUCGCAUGCCAGAUUACUUCGUAUCUGGGUACAGACCAUUCCUCACCAUAGCAGGAUGGAUUGACGAGUACGGUCCUUUGAUUACUAUUCGAUUAAAAUUCGAGCGGAUCGUUAUCAUCGGCCGUUACAAAGCCGCCGCUGAAAUUAUGGAGAAUCAGGGCAAAUUUCUAGCUGAUCGUCCUCCCAUGAUUGCUGCUGGAGAGUUAUUUAGUGGCGGAAUGAGCAUUGGCUUUAUACCCUUUGGGGACCGGUUUCGUCGCAUGCGUAGAGCACUUCAUUCUCAUCUCCAACCUAAAGCAGCUGAGGCCUAUCAGCCACUGCAGAUGUCACACGCGAAGAACAUAGUUCUUGGCGUUCUUGAUAAUCCACACAACUUCCGUCACCAUGUGAUAACUUAUGCUGCAACGAUAAUUUUGAAAGUUACAUAUGGGAAGAAUACGCCCACAUCUGCUACUGAUCCCGAUGUCAUUGAGGCGCUUCAAAUGAUGAGAAGGUUUAUUGAAAUCCUACGACCUGGUGUUUACCUGGUGGACUCGAUCCCGUGGCUCAAAUACCUCCCUUGGUAUGGCCGGGACUUGAAACUGGAGUUUGAGAGCAGGAAAAAAAUUCAACCUUGGUCAGUUAAACCGUGUGAGGGAGCAAAUGUCGUUCCACAGCAGAGCGACAUGGAUAUCGGUCCUUCGUUCAUGAAAGAUAUGCUAGAAGAUAGCCAAUCCCAUGGUUUGACCGAGACCGAGGUGGCUUUUCUUGGUGGUGCCUUUCUUGGAGCUGGAUUAGAUACGACUUCUAUCUCGAUAUGCACGGUGCUCAUGGCAGCCGCACGUUUCCCCGAGGAGCAAGCUAAAGUUCAGGCCGAGCUCGACGCGGUCAUCGGAAGGCACCGAGGUGUCCCAACAUUCACGCUGCAGGAGCGCCUCACCGAACAACCAAAGAUGAAAACUAUUGUAUUCCAGCUGGGACUACGGAUCAUGCUUCAAGAAAUCAAGGAUCUAAUAGUCACCGCCUUAGGUCUAUCUCUCGGGAUCCAGAUGUCUACCCAGAACCAUACACGUUCAAGCCUCAACGCUGGAUUAACGAACAAGGGCGACCUGAGAGACGAUUUAAAAUUCUUUGUCUACGGCUUUGGUCGGCGCGUAUGCCCCGGCCAACAUGUCGCGAAUAGAUCAGUGUUCAUAAUCACCCUCCUUAUUCUUUGGGCCUACAAGCUCACUCUGGAUCCUACGAAGCCAUUAGAUGACAUGGAGCUCAUGGCCGGCUCGAUGCCAAAUGUCCUGCCCUACACAUUAGAGUUUGGGAAGAGAAUUUCGGAAACGGAGCUCAGGAGCAUGAUGCAGCAUUAUCCUGAGGUCGCAUGA